AUGGUGCCUAUGGUGCCCGCCGACCAAGAAGAGCGCGUCCCCGCUCCCCCCGCUCCUCCUUCCGAUGACCUCUCCCCUGCAAGCAGCUCCAAUGGCAUUUUCGUGCCAAGGCAUGUCCACGAGGCUCGCCUGUGGGUUUACGAACCAGCGGGCGUCUACCUGCGCAACACUUCGAGAUCUGAUCAGGCGUGCAUCGAGUACAGGCAGAUGGUCAAGACUUGUUGCCACACGAUCUAG